UUACUCGUUGUCAGCACGAAGUUUAAAAAUCCAAUAAAAAGUUGGGAUACCUGAUUCACCGCUUCUUAUCUCCCUGAACCAUAUGUAUCUCAUUCUUGUUUCGUGCUCGUGUCGGUUAACAUCGAAGGAAAAUAAAAUAAUUUCAAGUGAAUAUUGGAUUGUGGAUUGAAAGUGAAGUCAAAAUGCCAAAAAGAGCUCAUUCAUCUCAUCGAAAAAAGGACGCCCAAAUGAGGAAACUGAAGAAGAAAUUGAAACAAAUGGAAGAACAAAUCAGGAAAAUUCAAUCGAGUGAAUCGAGCGAAUCGGACCACACAUAUUCCAAAGAGGAAUCUUCAGAUUCAGAAUCAUCAGACAACGAGUCAUAUAAACAGAAGGACGAUAUGGAAAUUGAGGCACCAACACAAGAUUUUAGUGUCCUAGGUUCAAAACCCAAUGAUGAGGAUGAAAUAGGAAAAUCUCUCCAUGAAGAAAUAAUAGUGCGCUGGAAUACGUAUCUUCAAAAAGGAUUCGACAAAACCCAACGUGAAGAAUUAAUGGCAAAAUAUAAACUUCCCGUGAACUGUAAAAUGUUGAUCCCCCCUCUGGUCAAUAAGGAGAUUCUGCCAUGUCUACCUAAGUCAGCUAAUGAAAAUGAUUAUUUUCUGAUAGCCUUACAAAAACAAUUAGCUCAUGGACUGACGGCUGUAGGUACAGUCAUAGAAACCAUGAUUUCUGUUGAGGAGCAAGCUGAAAAUAUAAAAACUCUAGCUGAUGCCUGUCAGUUAUUCUACAACAUCCAUUACGCCAUUUCAGCUCACCGAAAAUACAAAAUUAUUCCCUAUUUGAACCAGGACUGCCGAAAGGUGGCCAAAACCAUGAACAUAGAAGAAUUUCUAUUCACAAAAAAUUUCGCAGAGGCCGUAAAAAAUGAACAAGCUAUGAGAAAAGCAAGUUCCGAAUUCAAGAAAACUACUUGGCAACCGAUUAAUCUACCAGGCUCUUCUGGAACUCAUCAUUCAAGACAUUUAAACUACCAGCGUCCCAAAUACAAAGGCAGAAUGAAAAACCAAAGGAGGGAGGAGAAGAAACCGCUUACUCGAUACAGGACAUUCACGAAGGAGAGGAAACACAACAGACAACAAUAGAUUCAGAGCAAACGGGAGAGUCAUCCGCUCCACAGAGAAAUUUCCCUGGUGGCAGGGAGAUUAUACGGCGGUCUUUAUUGAAAAAAGGUGUACCAGAGGCCGCAAUUGAAGUCAUAACUGCAUCAAUUUCCAAAGGAACCCUGAAACAAUAUACAGCUUGUUUUAAAAAAUAUUGGGAGUUUUCAAUAAUGAAUAAUCAGGAUCCACUAGUCUACAACCUAGAACAUUAUUUGAAUUUCUUAACAGAUGUAUUGAAUAAUGGACAUUCCUUCUCUGUCAUUAACUCGUACAGAUCGGCCUUGAAUUUAAUUUUUAGUCCUAUGAGUUCUGUAGACGAAAAAGUUAUAAUUAGAUUUUUGAAAGGAAUAUCCAAUAUUCGCCCACCAAAACCUAAAUAUGCAUCCACUUGGGAUCCGGAUCCUAUUUUGGAACAAUUGGGAAAAUGGUAUCCUUUAGAAACUCUGAGUAUGGAGAAUCUCACUUAUAAGCUCGUAACUCUCAUGGCUCUCACGUCUGCAUGUAGGGUACAAACAUUGGCGUUAAUAAAAAUCGAAAAUA